GCUAUAUAUACACUUUGGUGUAUGUAUCUAUGUAUAUGUAUAACUGUGCAUGUGGUUAUAUAUCCGUUAAAUAUCCAAACAUGGCUGGGUAUAUAAAAGACGACGACGUUGCGCUGAAUUCGCUCAUAAAGAUCGCGCAAACUGCAGACUGAGAAAGUAAAAUACGAAAUGGGUGUCCGUGUCUUCAACUGUUGUGCCGUUUUAUUAGCGGUAUUUUACGUGUGCUUCGGCGCCAUUAACGCCGCCACCAUAAAUGGUGGUCCUCGCAGCGCAAUCGCAGCUGCCUUGACGCCAGCCAACGUAAAUGUGCACGCGCUGCGCAUGGCGCGACAAGCUUACUCUGAUGAAGAUGACUCUGAGGAGGAAGAUGAUGUGCAGGCACAAAAUUUCGCACAACAGCAGCAACAAAAAAUACCUGAUGAUUCGCAAGAAGACAGCGAUGAGGAUGAUGCCGACGAUGAUGGUGACGAUGAUAGCAGACGUCGGCGUCGUCGCGACACACAGACCGUAGAGGCUGUGCAAUCAGAGUCACCAAUGCAGGAGGAAACCGUAGCAGUACCGGAACCUUUGCCAGCGCCGGCCACAAACGGACCGACCGAUACACUCGACAAGGAACCCGAACACAGCGUUGAGGCUAAUGCACCUCCCGUGGCGACUGCGCCCAAUGCGCCCAAUGCGCCCUCACGCAACACUUCUGUACUCAUACUCAUACGCGAUGCGCUGAAAAAAGUCACCACAUUGCCCACCGAGCAAGUGGCCACCAAUGCGCUGCAGUACUUCCAGCUCUUCGAGCAUUUCAUACAACAGACCAUCGAAAAUGUAAUUGGCGAUGAUGAUGAUGAUGAGGAUGAGACAGCUGGUGUUGCGGCAACUACUAUCAAGCCGAAUGGUAUUUUCACGCCUGAGGAAGAAGAGAUUAUUGCCGGUGUUGAGGAGAUUCUAAAGGGGCCCGAAUUGGUCAACAAGCAACCAACACAGGAACCAAAACCAGCGGAUACACCAGUGGAAGUUGAAAACGUAAUGGGUGAAACGAAACCAGUUCCAAUUCCGGACUUGUUAAUGGAAGAAAAACCAGCAACGGCUGCGGUACAAGCUGCGAGCGCGGCUUAAUUGGCGCCGUUUAAUUGGUAUUCUAUAAAGAUGUAGUUGUAUGUAUUUAUUUAUUUAUUGCAUAGUUGUUUAGGAAAAUAAUAAAGAAGUUGUUCAUCAAA